AUUGAAAUCCUUAAACAUGUGAAUACUGUUUUUUUCACAUUUUUUUAUUUGAAUUAAUUUUUUUAAAAUUUUUUUUUACAAAUUAUUCUCUAAUAAAAAUGUCAUUCAUAAGAUCUAUCGUUAGAUCGAUCAGAAUUCCUGUAUCGAUCAAUCGUAAUUCGAUUCGAGAUAUUCAUCGUAGUCCGAUUGUUUUUGAAUCAGAUUUGGCUAAAUUACGAAAAAAGACCGGUUAUGCUUUUGCACUUUGUCGUAAAGCUUUGGAACAAAAUGGACAAGAUGUAAUGAAAGCUGAAAAAUGGUUAAGAGCUGAAGCAGCAAAACAAGGCUGGGAAAAAGCUGAACGUGUCAAGUCGCGAACAACCGGACAAGGUUUAAUUGGAAUUUAUACCGAUCCUAAUCAAUUACAAGCAACGAUGGUCGAAGUCAGAUGUGAAACUGAUUUUGUUUCACGUAAUGAACAUUUUAUUCGACUUGUUUCUGAGUUAGCCAAAAAAAUGAACAAUCAAUUAACGAAUCUGAAAGCCAAUCAUCAACAAUCGGAUGGUGUGGAAAAAAUCUGGAUAACAGAUGAAAAACGAUUGAAAGAUAUUGGUGGUGAUUUAGUGGUGAAUACGAUUCAGAAAUUAGGUGAAAAUAUUCGCUUUGUACGUGGAUGUUUGAUGAGAAUUUCUAAUAGUGAAUCCAGUCAGAUUCGAUUAUUACCUUAUGCACAUGCUGUUGCCGGUAAAAUUGAAUCAAAUGAUCCCGAAAUUGUUUUGGGUAAAUAUGGAACCAUAGUUGCCGUUACACAAUUGCCAGAAUCCAAUACUUCAGUGAAUGAAGAAGAAGAAAUGGACACAACACAGAUGUCUAAAAAUAUUGAUGAACUUGGUUCACGUCUUGGUCAACAUAUUAUUGGAUUAUCACCUAAAAUGGUUGCACCAUUGUCGACCGAAGAAACUAAGGAAUCUCCCCAAGAAGACAAUAUGACGGGUGAUGAAGAACCCGAAGCUUUAAUUAAGCAGAAAUUCAUUUUUAAUGAAGAUAUUACCGUUGAACAAUUUCUACGUAAUUCCCGUGCGAAUGUAUUGGAUUUCAUUCGAAUCGAAUGUGGUGAAGAACAGCUUGAUCAAUGAAAUUGUUUUGAAAAG